GGAGCCUCCUCUGCAUUAUGCAUUCAUUGAUAAAUCAUUAUUCAGUUUGGUAUUAUUUGGCAAUGAUACUCUCCAGCCUAAGCUUAGCCCACAUAUGCACCAACUUCUUCUUAUGAAAAGCAAUCGAACCACAUAACCAAAGCUUUGAACAAUAUUAUCCAAAAGAGAGUCCCAUUAAUCAUUGAGAUGCCAUACGUUAUAGCUCCCCUGGCUUCUUGAGAAGUUCCAUCUCUCUGCACUCUGCAGCUCCUCCAACAUGAAGAUUCACAUCUCUAACAUCGAGCUUCCCCGAGGCAAGCUUGCUCCCCAAAAGAGGGCCAUAAUGCUCGCCCCGACUCUAGUUGUGCUCGUGCUCAUCCCUCUCUAUCUCUUCAUCGACUCUUCUAUUCCGCUUCAGCCUCCGAGUAAGGUAGGCCUCUACAAGGGAUUGUGGAGCAACUUUCGGCUGGAGAAGCCAUGCGACGUGUUCCGAGGGGAGUGGGUCCUGUACCCCAACGCGACGUACUACACGAAUGAGACCUGCCCGCUGAUCAUCGACCAGCAGAACUGUCUGAAGUUUGGGAGACCUGACACUGAGUACUUGAAGUGGAAGUGGAAGCCCGAGGGGUGUGAGUUGCCUCGCUUCGAUGCAGUUGAGUUCUUGGAGAUUGCCAAAGGGAAGUCGGUGGCAUUCGUUGGAGAUUCUGUCGGGAGGAACCAGAUGCAGUCACUUCUAUGCCUCCUGGCUAGUGUUUCUCAUCCGGAGGACAUAACUUCAAGGUACACAUCAGAUACGAUCAACUUCAGGAGGUGGUUCUUCCCUGAGUUUAAUUUCACCUUGGCAUCGUUCUGGGCCCCGUUCUUGGUCAAGGCCGUAGACUCGGACAGCAACGGUCACACCUACACGAGCAUCAUGAGCCUCCACUUGGACGAGCCUGAGGAGGCCUGGGCCCGGGAGGUAGAAAACUUUGACUAUGUGAUCAUCUCAGCAGGACAGUGGUUCUAUCGGCCGAUGAUCUUCUACGAGAAGGGUCAGCUGGUGGGCUGCAGCUCCUGCGGGCUAAAGAACGUGACGGAAAUCCCGAGAUUUUACGGGUACGGGAUGGCCUUCAGGACGAGUUUUAGGAUCCUCCUGGACCUCAAGGGGUACAAGGGUGUCACGUUUUUACGGACGUUCUCACCUGGACACUUUGAGAAUGGGCCAUGGAACGACGGAGGGAACUGCAUUAGGACGAGACCAUUUGGGAAGGAGGAGGUGAGAUUGAUGGGGUACGAUUUGGAAUUCUACAAGACUCAAGUGGAAGAAUACAGGGCUGCAGAGAGGGAAAGCAGGAGUAAAAGGCGGCUGAAGUUUAAAUUGUUGGACACGACUGAAGCUAGUCUGAUGCGACCUGAUGGGCACCCGAACACUUACGGGCACUCACCACAUAAGAACUCAACCUUUAAUGACUGCGUCCACUGGUGCGUGCCCGGUCCCAUUGACACAUGGAAUGAGUUCUUAAUCCAUUUGAUGAAACCCGAAAUUCCAAGGUUUUCAUUCUGGAAGCUGCGGAGGGGAGCCUAGCUAGCAGAAAUGAUCCAUAAGCAGGCAAUUCCGGAUCUGCGUUACAAUCACUUAUUAUAGUGCCCUCCUUGUGGUACUUUGGGGUAACAAAGUUUACUCUAAUUGUAUAGAACAACUAGCUCCAAGGGCCAAUUUUCAUAUGCUUUUUUUUUCCUUUUCUUUUCCCUUACCUCAUAAUUUUAUUUUUGUUGUUUGGAGUGAUCAUUUCUGAAUACUAAAUCUGGUUGUAAAUAAACCGUACCUACUGAUCUCUUGUAUUGAAGAUUUUUGUGCUCGGGA